AUGGCUCUUCGAUAUCCAGCCGAUUUCCUCCUGCACCUGCGGGAGUCACCAUUAUGCACAAGGCCCACAAACCUCCCUCCCGCCGAGGAGUGGAUGGGCCCACCAGCCGAACAAGCCCGCGGUCAAGGGACCACAGGCAAGACUGCCGGUGAGCGACCUCGGUCAAACGACAACUCCAUCCUGGAUCAGGGUGCUCGACGACCUGGCCUCCAUGUAUCGAGAAACAGCGCGAACCCUGAGGACAUUGUCUUUGCCCCCCCUCGAAUGGCCUUCGCCUCUGCGCGAGGGAAUAAGUCGAUUGACGACAAGACUCUCAAGGAACCCGAUGCUUCAGGCCGAUUUGGCAACUUCCGAAGUCGCAAUGGCGACGCCGAGACCGAUCGCUUCCGCGAAGGACGUACCGCCAACGGAUUCCGCCGCCGCGAUGGUGAGGGAGAGUCUGAAGGCUGGAGCACAGUCAAGCCGCGCAAGAGCUUCGGCCACGAAGGCGCUGAGCGCUUCCAUGGACGCAUGGGCGGCAACUUCCGAGACGAGAGGCGACAACCCAGAGAACGGGAACCUGAGGCUCUUCGAGAUCGCCCUGCGCGCAACUUUGACAACUUCACUCGAGACAAGGAAGCGGAGGAUGCCGAUGGACGAUCCCGCAACGGGCUAAACCGGCCCAAGGUCGAGCCGUGGUUCAAGAAUGAGCCCACCACCAACGAAACCCUGGCCCCUGAGAAGCGAGACCGCAUCGAUCGUGCCAAGAGCUGGAGAGACCGUGACAAGGAUACCGAAGCCAUCGACGACCGCAACAGUGGCCGCAACCACGAUCGACGAUGGGGCGGCCGCGAGCAGCGAGUUGAGCGAGAGCCCGAAUGGCUUGACGAACCUCUCGAGGAGCACCCCGAAGCGCAUACUCAACAAGACUUCCAGAAGUGGAUGGAGGAAAUGAAGAAGGCUAAGAACCGCGCACCCUCAGCUCCUGGCAAGUCCGGUCCCACCGAUUCGGUCGAGGUUCCUGUCGAGGCUGAGAAGCCAGUUCAAUCGGCUCCUGCUGUCGAAGCUGGCCCGGACAAGUUCUUCAUGGCCUUUGGUGGAUCUAACUCAGGUCUCGAUACCUCGAGCCCUGGCGAGCCUACGGAGGCUACAAACAAGCCCAAGGCCACUGGAAAAUCGUCGCGAUUCACCUCUUUCUUCUCUCACGCCCAGGAGGAGGUGCGAGGAGGAAGAAACGACGCCCCCCCGCAGAUGACUGGACCUCCCAUGCCUGGCCCCCCCAUGCCUGGACACCCAAUGGCUGGGCCUCCUAUGGCCGGACCUCCCAUGCCUGGACCGAUGAUGUCUGGACCCCCAAUGACUGGACUACCCAUGAAUGGACUGCCUUUCCCUAUGGGCGGUGGCCCAGCAGCGCCGCCUGCUCCUGAGGAGGAGAGGCAGGCAUUCCAGCAGCUGCUCAUGAAGCUCCAGAAGCAGUCGAUGAGCGCAACCCCGCCAGGACCUUCUCCCUUCGCAGCCCCCCCGCACAGUACUCCCCCGGAUGGUCGAAAGCCACAAGCCUCCAUGACUUCUCCAGAGCCACCGUUCCAGCAGUACGGAGGUGACCGCCGAAUGGAGGGGCCACCCAUGGGUAGGCCACCGCCACAGCAUGUCCAGGAGAUUCUCGCCCCUCGACCUCAGCCCCAGGCCCGCCCCGAGCAGCUCCUCCAGGACCUCGUUGGUCAACGACAGCGUGCCCCGAGCCAACCCUCUGGCCGCCCCGAGAUCGCCCGUAACAACAGCAACACCGAGUUCUUGAUGAACCUGAUGCGGGCACCGCAGGAUAUGCAGCGCAACGACUUAUUGAUGCGCAUGGCUCAGCCCCAGAAACAGCCCCAUAUGCCCCCAAUGAACGACAGGGAACCCGACUUCGCGAGAGACCAGCGCCAAAUGCGCCCUCAACCCCCACCCGGAUUCCCCAUGGAGGAUUCCUUCCGCAAUGACGGCGAUGGCCGGCCUAACCAGCCGACCCAGAUCCUGCAGCGCCCGCCACCGCCUCCCGGCCUGGACCAGAUGCCUCCCGGCUGGAUGCCCGGCGGCCAGAUGCCUCCUCCAGUCAACCGCGGCCCUAUGAUGGCCCCCCCUGGACUCGCCGGUGGCCUCAACGGUCCUAACGGCCCGAACCGCAACAUGCCCAUGCCUCCUCACAUGUUCCCGAACUUCCCUCCCGGCGCGAUGCCUCCCCUCGAGGCCAUGGGCGGCAUGCCCCCUCGCAACAUGCCUCCUCCUCCCCCGGGUUUCUUCGGUGGCCCUCCCCACGGAUACAUCCCCCCCGGCCUCGGCGGCUUCAACGGUCCGCCCGUGCCUGAAUUCGCCGGUGCCCCCUUUGAAGGCCGCGGUAUGCCCCCCACUGGCAACCCCGGCCGCGGUACUGCCUAUGGCAGACAAUAA